AACAAUCUUCACCACACUCAAAACCAAAACCAAAUCUUCCAAUACACACUUAUUUUCCAAAACAUGUCUGGUCGGGGAAAGGGCGGAAAGGGUCUCGGAAAGGGUGGAGCUAAACGACACCGAAAAGUCCUCCGCGACAACAUUCAGGGAAUAACAAAGCCGGCUAUUCGAAGGUUGGCGAGAAGAGGUGGAGUCAAGAGAAUUAGCGGGUUGAUUUAUGAGGAAACGCGUGGUGUUUUGAAGAUAUUUUUGGAGAAUGUGAUUCGUGAUGCGGUUACUUACACCGAGCAUGCUCGUAGGAAAACGGUUACUGCUAUGGAUGUUGUGUAUGCUCUUAAGAGGCAGGGGCGAACUUUGUAUGGCUUUGGUGGCUAAUUUUUUUUUUUUUUUUUUGAUUAGUUUGUUAAAUGGAUUGUAAGGUUUUACGUGUUUGAAUGAAAUGUUUGAUUAUGGUAAACUGGGUUUUAUUGUUGUU